AUCAGAUCAAAAGUAAACUACCCCCAUCAGAAAACAGAAAGAAAACUUCUUGAUGCCAUCUCCAUUAUUAUCACAGGCGGCUUCAUAAAACCUCGGUGGCAGGCAGGGCAGCAGCGCCAGAAAAUAGAUGGAGGAUGCCGGCUGUCCCACUACAACUCUGUACCCAUUACACCGCACUAAAAUUCUUCAUCUGGUGAGACAUGCGCAAGGGAUUCACAACGUGGAGGGCGAGAAAGACCCGUCUGCCUAUUUCUCUCCCGACCUCUCAGAUGCUCAUCUCACCCAACUGGGAUGGCGCCAGGUGGCCCAUCUCAGAACCCACAUUCGCCAAUCUGGCCUUCAUUCCAGAAUCCAACUGGUCGUCACUUCUAGUUUGUUGAGGGCUAUGCAAACUGCAGUUGGGGUGUUUGGAGGUGAAGAGUAUGUGGAUGGAGUUGAGAAGGGUUGUUAUCUACACAUUCCACUGAUGGUUGCCAAUGCUGGCAAUAGUGCUUCCCCUGCAAUUUCAAGCUUCGACUCUCCUCCAUUUCUGGCAACUGAGCUCUGCAGGGAACAUUUGAGCCUUCAUCCAUGUGACUGGAGAAGAAGCAUCACGGAGUCCCGCCCUCUUUUCCCUGCUGAUGAUUUUUCUCUGAUCGAAAGUGAUGAAGACAUAUUGCCUAAACCCGGGCAGAGGGAAACAUUUGAAGAAGUUGCUGCCAGAGCAAUACAAUUCUUGAACUGGAUUUGGACCAGAAAAGAGAAGGAGAUUGCGGUUGUCAGCCAUGGUGGGUUCUUGCAGGACAUGUUGAGCCUGUUUGGAAAUGACUGUCAUCCAAAUAUGAAGAGUGAAAUUGGCAUCAGAUUUGCCAAUUGUCAGCUUCAUUCAAUAGUUCUGGUGGACAAAGGCACCAUUGGUUCAGAUCCUGUUAAAUUUCCUGAUAGAGACAGCAGCAAUGCCAAGAAAGAAGAGCAGCACCAUUAAUAAACCCUACUGACUGGUAGCUCAGAUUCUGGGAGAGUGUUCUGUUUGAAAAGUUGCAGUGAUACAAUAAACUUUGAGCUUCAUUCUAUUUCCUAGCUUCAAGUAUCUAUUACUGACAUUAAUGGAAAUCAUGUGCUCCAACUCUGGAACCCAGUCAUGGCCAAUUGAUCAGAUUUGGAGUUAUACAUAAGCUCUCUUAACACACAUAUGAACACAAUAUAACACCC